UCCCUGACUCUACAGAUGGGGAAACUGAGCCCCACAGAGGGAAAGGGACUGGCCUAGUUUCAACACAGACAGUGAAUGGAGCUCAGACCUUGGGACUUGUAAAUCCAGUGCUCCCCUUCCCAUCCCCACAGGGACAGCCUUCCAUCAGGGGCUUUAGUCCUGAGUCCAGGUGUGGAAACUUCCCCUCCCUACACUGCAGUUGGCUGCUGCUGGGAAUAUCUGGGAUGUCAGGCUAAUUGUGGGGAAAUGCCUGGCAUUCCCAGGAGCAGCCUCUCCUGUUCCCCAUCUCCUUGCCCACACCUUAUAUGGGAAGGUCCAAGUGGGCUUUUCUGAACCCUGUCUCACCUCAUCCUCCCACCCCCUCCUACACACAGGCCAUGCUUUCAGGGACUGGGCUUGGACAGCUUAGUUCUCUUCCUAGUGACAGGGACCCUGAAGGGCUGGAGGGGAUCCCCAGCCUCACUCUACCUUAGCCCUCAGAGAGAGGUGGAAGAGCGCCAAGUUCCCUGGUCCCAUCUAUGGCUUGAUGAUGAAGGGAUAAUAUGGGCUGUGAUGGGUGUUUCCUGUUUUGAUGUUGGAGCAGCCAGGCCCGGAGACAGGGGCAUGAUGCCUUAAUCCCCUGGAACCUAGAAAGGUUUGAGGAGGGAUUUCCCACCAUCUGUUGAACAUGUGGCUGUCCUCACCGUACCCUCCCCUCCCAUUGGUUAUUCUGCCAUUCCCUGCAGCUCUGCUUGAGGACAGAGAUGGGCCGACACUGUCCAUUCUGGUCAUCCUGAUUUAGGGAAAGCCUCCUUACCCUAAACUUUAGGCAAUGAGAUGUCAGCGCCAGCCCAAGGUAGACAGGCUACUACUCUUCCUCAUGACAAGUCUCAUAAAUUAAGGGAUAGUGCAGAAAAGGCUCUGGAAUGUUGGGGGAGGGAGCAGCCUGACUUCAAUGUUGGGGGUUAGUGGUGGGAGCAACUUUCUCCCUGAACAGUCCACACAUGAAGCUUUCACUCUUUCUUCCCUAACCAGUACUGAUGGCCCAAAGCGGAUAGGACAAGUGCUAUGAAGUAACUGGUAGCGACGCUGGGUAACAAUCAGGUCUUCUGGCUCUGGUGUGACAAGGGUUAAUGUUCUGGGCCACCCACCCAGCUAUGACCAGCUCCUCCUGCUGGGGGUGGGGGAGAUAUAGUAGAGUGCAUGGAACCCUUCAGUCUCUAGCUCUCCUACAACCCACAGCUCAGCAUGGCCCGGGCACUGGUUCUGCUCACUCUCUUGCUCCUGCCUCCUAGCCUUGGGGAACUGCCUUCUGUCCCCAGACCUCCAGGCUCACCUCUGGAAGAGGAGCCCACAUCUGGAGAAUUGAGGCUGGUUCCUGGAACUUCAGAUGCACCCCUCAGACCUGGAAAGCUGCCUCCGACCUACAGGACCAAGCGGCUAUGGCUAGGGGACCACUUAUUACCAUCUGCUUCAGAAGCCCUGGUAUCCAGGGCACUGCCUGAAUGUCAGUUGCAGAGCGUGCUACUGUCAGUGACCGAGUUAGGCCUUGGCUACAAAUCUGAUGAGAUCAUUGCCUUCCGCUACUGUGCUGGCAGUUGCCACAGUCCCCGUACCCACCAUGGCAUGACAUUAGCCAGGCUUUUACAUAAGGGCCGGGUGAUGGGCCAACCCUGCUGCCACCCCACCCAAUAUGAAGAUGUGGCCUUCCUGGACAACAAUCAGCAGUGGCAUCACCUGCCCCAGGUCUCCGCUGCUGCCUGUAGCUGUGACAGCUGAAAGGCCCAUUAUCCCGAUCCACAAAGCCCACCAAUCCCUUCACCAAGCUGGGCAGCAGUGCUGAGACCCACCCUACCUCUCACCCAGCACUUCCCUCCCUUCUCUUCUCUGAGGUUGGAUAUAAAAUGCAUUCCUCCUGUGGCUCCUCUCUGCCAGGGCCCAAUGUGUCCACCUCAUCAGCAUCCUGCAGCCUCACACCUGGCCUGCCCAUAGACAUGUGGGAAUAGACAUUUAUUGACUUGGUAACUGAGGGGGAAGUUAAGUCCAUUCUUCAGAGUGGGUGUGAUGGAAAACUAGGAGGACUUCGGGGAAGAGGGACAUUGUUAAUAAAAAGGCGAAUGCUAUAACUGCUAUGCACUAGCUGUGUGCCAGGCUCAGCCCUUCUU